AUGACAGACCCUUGUGUGCUUCUCGCUGCCUACAUUAUAACCUUCUUAAUCGGUCUACCAACUAAUAUCCUGGCAAUGUAUGCUUUCAUCAUGAAGCUUACCAAAAAGCCCACACCCACAGACAUCCUUCUGCUGAACCUAACUCUCUCUGAUCUCCUCUUCUUGGUUUUCCUACCACUGAAGAUCUAUGAGGCGGCAUCAGGCAUGAACUGGUACCUUUCCCAUCACGUGUGUGCUAUUAUGUGCUAUGUCUUUUUCACCACCAUUUACGUCAGCUCUCUGCUGCUGAUGGCUAUUAGUAUUGACCGCUACUUGGGAGUGGCUUUUCCAGUGACCUACAGAAAAUUUCGCAAGAUUCUCUAUGCCAUCAUUGGCAGUAUUUUCAUCUGGCUGUUCAGUGGCGCACACUGCACAGUUGUGUUAAACAUCAUUUAUAUGAAAGACCCUACAAACAUUACAACCUGCUACAAGAACUUCACCAGUCAACAGAAAAGCGUUUUAUUUGCAAUGCGCCUGGAGUUUUUUGUAAUUCUAUUUUUGGUCCCCUUAGCUAUAUGCGUGUUCUGUUAUCUCAACUGCAUCUGGAUCCUUUACCAUAAGCCCCGCAUUACAAUGGAGGAAAAGCAGAGGGCCAUUGGCAUGGCGCUAGGUACCUUGAUUGUCUACUUGAUUUGCUUUUUGCCCUUUAACAUCUCUCAUCUGGUUAGCUUCAUCACCAAAGAAAGCCCAGAGUGGAGGAACUACACAUUGCUCUUAAGCUCCUUCAACGCCUGCCUUGACCCCAUUAUCUUCUACUUCUCAUCAACCAUGUUUCGCAACACCACUAAAAUGACUCUCUGUAAAAUUUUUGCAAAUAAGCACUAG